GCGCGAGACACCAAUAUGGAGCCUGAAGAGCUACCGUGGCCCGGCGAGCUCGAGGAGGAGGAGGAGGAGGAGGAGGAGGAGGAGACGGAAGAGGCGGAGGAGCGGGCGAACCUGGACUCUGACGAGGUAGUGAUGGUGGAGGAGGUGGAGGAGGAGGAGAGGCGGGAGCUGGAUUCGGACUUUAACUACGAGAGCCAGCCUCGGGAGCGUACGGACGAAGAGGACGACGAGGAGGCCAAGGCCUGGCUGCAGGCGCACCCCGAAGGUGCUUUGCCUCCGUCGUCGCUCUCGAGGCACCGCUACUCGGAGGACGAGCGGACCGGCCUGGAGAAGAUUGUUCCAUUGACCUGUCAUGUAUGGCAACAGCCACUAUAUCAAGGCAAUAGUGGGACACAGAUUUCUGAUACUGCUGUGGUCUCUGUGGAAAAAACAGCUCGGUGGAGGUCUAAGGCUGAUCAGGGAACAGAAUCUUGGCAUUAUCUGCCUCAAGAAAUGGACUCUUCCCACACCUUGGAUAUAACCCAGACCAGGUUUAAUAUGAGAGAGGAAGGGACCGAAGUGACAGACUUCACCUCUGUGGAGGAAGGUAUAUUGACCCAACCAGAAAAUCAAGUAAAGGAAGCCAAAAGAGGUCUCUUAUGUUCGCCGCUGCUAGUCAUUCAAGACAACUUUGCUUCUCCUGAUUUGCCUUUGCUGACAUGUUUGACACAGGAUCAAGAGUUUGGGUCUGAUUCCUUAUUUCAACAGAGUGAACUAGAUUUUGCACCUCUGAGGGGAAUUCCUGGUAAGUCUGAAGAUACUGAAUGGUUUUCUCGACCGUCGGAAGUUAGUGAAGCUUUAUUCCAGGCAGCCUCAGAAGUAGCUUCAGACUUAGUUAACAGUUGCAUUAGUGUAUCUCCGCACUUGCUUAUAGCUAGUACAGCUGAGUGUCAGCGCUCUUUUUUACCUUUUGAACAAGGGACUAAAGAAGAUACUAUUUCGUCUGAUACAGUUGAUGAACUGAAAACCCCCAAAGACUUCGAUAGUUAUGAUGCUCUUUGUUCCUAUAUGGCAUGGAAGACACAAGAAGUUCAGGAGCCAGAAACCAGUUUAGCUGAUAAAGGUCAAGUUUCUGUUUCAACCUCAUCUUACACAAGUGAUGACUACGUGACUCCUGAAGGAAGUGACAGUUUUGACGCUUCUUGUUCUCAUGUGCAGUAUUGGAAACAGAAAGCUUUACAGCAGUCAGAAAAUUAUUUAACCAAUGGGUAUCAUGAUUCUUAUUCAGAUUCAUCUGACAUAAUUGAAAAAAAUAAAAUUCCUAAGGGAAGUGACAAUUUUCGUGCCCCUUUUUCACGUACGCCGUGGAGCAAACAGGAAGCUUCACACCAUCCAGAAACAUAUGUGAUCAGUAAGGACUGUGUUUGUUUUCCACAUGAAGUUGCUCCUCAUUUUAAUAACAAAAUGUCACAUUCUUUGUUGCAUUGUCUGUUGGAAAGAAGAGGAAAGGGCAUUCCCUUGACAGCUCACAGUCAUUAUUUUGAGAGUGUUUAUUUAAGGGCUCCAGCCGAGAAUGGGGUGAAAGGAAUGAUGGAUUCUUUGGAGGGGUAUGAAAGAAAUGAAGAAGGUCUGGGGAAAGAAUUAUCUCAAGGUUUUGAACUAAAGGAGAAUAGAAGUACUUUAGUAUUUUCAGAGAUGCAUCCCAGAUCUUCAGAUACACAGUUUAUUGAGAAUGUUGUAGUUCCUGAUAAUUCUGUAAAAGUUUCAGAAAUACAUAUACACUCUAGGCAGUAUGGUACCUCUAAGAUGGAGGUUUCUGGUGGUCCUCUUCAGACUAUUAAGUCUAACUUGAGUGAGACAUCAGAACAACUGUAUUUACAAGAGGAAAGAAACCAAAGGGCAACUUCUGCUUUUGGUGGAAAAAGUGUUGAUGCCUCUGAAAAUGUAGCCUUUGAGGUAGUUAUUGCCUCUAUUGAGCCUUCCAAGAAAGAGAGCACAGGAAAUGAAAUCCAAACUGACAGCAGUAAGUCUUUAACAAAUGACAGCCAAGAAAGUGAACCCAAAAAUUCACAUCUUUCCCUAUUAAAUUAUAAUGAUGAAAACUCUUUCUUUGAUGAGUUUAGUCAUCCACGUUAUCAGUCUACUCCUGGGGUGUUUGAAUUAGUGGCUUCAAAACCAUUGUUGCAUAAAAAAGGUAACGAUGAAAGCUCCCUGGAUUGGCAUCUUGAUUUAAAAUCACUCCCCAGUACUCCUCAGGAAAUGGUCAUUAAGCCACUUCCUCUUAUUCCAGAGCAUAAGUCACCUGCUGCUUUAAGUGAAAAAUCUCACAGCCAGGCUGUUCGUCUUGGCAAAGCACAGUCAGCUUUAUUUCAGUGCGAUCUAGACAGUGAACCAUUUCUUCCCAUUGGGAAGGUAAAGUCUGUUCCUGAUCUUGACCUUGCAGAAAAGGUAGGAUCUUCAAACAUUUUUUAUCCAAUGAAAGUAUCGACUUCAGAUUCUAUGGUUUUACAAGAUUUAAGAAGAUUUGAAGAAGUUGCAGAUUCCUCAAACUAUAUUUUGGUUAAGAAUGUAAACUCUAGUAACAUCAUUGAAGGUCCAUCUGCAACUGUAGGAAGCAGCUUUUCAGCAAACUUGGUGACAUGUGAUGCUAAGUCACAAGGUGCUUUACCAAUGACCAGUAAUGCAUCAUUAAUUGCAGUCAGCCAAGAGUCAAUGCUGAAAGCUGAUGUAGGCCAAGGUAAAAUUCCUCGGCCUAUGGGAGCCAAAUCCUGUUUUACUAUAAAUACAAUUAUGCAAAAUGACUCCUAUUUUGUAGAGGGCCUGCAGGGGAAGGCUGAAUCUGACACCUCUACUCUGGAUGAUGAUACUGAAUGCUGUAACCUAGAUGAAAAUGCUAUUGGGUGCAGUACAAGAGUUGCUGAUCUACAAAGAGAGGUACAUGAGCAAGGUGACUUGACUGCUGAGUGCAUUGCGCUAGCAGGUUUUAAAAAUGUGCUUGAUGAUCUAGAGGUUUGUGACAGCUCCCUGCCCUGGCAGUCUGCCUUAGAACUGCCAUCUAAGGAAGAGAGCGAUUUUGAGGAGCCUGUAGGUUGUUCUAAUAUGGACAUUAAUCAGACUUUUUCAUCCGUAUUGCCUCCAUUUAUUCCUCAUGAGCCAACCAUAGAGUUGGAGUAUCACUCUUCAGAUCUCAGGAUGUUGAGGGUAUCUCCUGACACUGUGCAAAAGACUCUCAAACAUAUAGCAGGAGGUACUUCUAAAGGAGGCGUAGCUGAAGUUACUCAAUCCAGCUUGAAACCAGGCAUCACUGCUACUCCUGGAGAUUCAGAUACCAGAUCUCAUUUAUUCUUGUUCCCUGAGGACUUUCCUCAGUUGGAUUUAAGGUCUCCUCAAGAGAAUACUGUUGGUCAACAUACUGAUACCCACAACCAAGAGGCAUCGGUAGAUAGUGAUAUAAGUGAAGAGACUCUAAAAGUUUCAUCUGUUGGUGAGCGAGCUGACCAGAAGACUGGGAUAUCAACAGUACCCUCUAGUUUCUACUCACAAAGAGGGAAGCCCAGUAUUUUCUACCCACAGGCCUUGCCAGACAGUCAUCUAGCUGAAGAGGCUCUAAAAGUUUCAGCUGUUCUUGGUCCUACUGUCCAGAAGAGUGGCAUACCUACAGUCUUUCCAAGUUCCUACUUCCGUGGAGAGAACCAUAAUAUCUUCUACCAACAGGCCCUGCCAGACAGUCAUCUAACUGAAGAGGCUCUAAAAGUUUUGGCUAUUCCUGGUCCUGCUGACCAGAAGACUAGCAUACCUAUAGUCCUUCCAAGCUCCUACUCACAUGGAGAGAAGCGUAAUACCUUCUACCAACAGGCCUUGCCAGGCAGUCAUCUAACUGAAGAGACUCUAAAAUAUUCAGCUGUUCCUGGUUCUGCUGACCAGAAGACUAGCAUACCUACAGUCCUUCCAAGUUCCUACUCACAUGGAGAGACGCAUGUUACUUUCCAUCCUCAGGCCUUGCCACACAGUCAUCUAACUGAAGAGGCUCUAAAAGUUUCAGGUGUUCCUCAUCCUACUGACCAGAAGACUAGCAUACAUACAGUCCCUCCAAGUUCCUACUCAUGUGGAGAGAAGCAUAAUAUCUUCUACCCACAGGCCUUGCCAGACAGUCAUCUAACUGAAGAGGCUCUAAAAGUUUCAGCUGUUCCUGGACCUGCUGACCAAAAGACUAGCAUACCUACAGUCCUUCCAAGUUCCUACUCACGUGGAGAGAAACAUAAUAUCUUCUACCCACAGGCCUUGCCAGACAGUCAUCUAACUGAAGAAACUCUGAAGAUUUCAGCUGUUCCUGGACCUGCUGACCAAAAGACUAGCAUACCUACAGUCCUUCCAAGUUCCUACUCACGUGGAGAGAAACAUAAUAUCUUCUACCCACAGGCCUUGCCAGACAGUCAUCUAACUGAAGAAACUCUGAAGAUUUCAGCUGUUCCUGGACCUGCUGACCAAAAGACUAGCAUACCUACAGUCCUUCCAAGUUCCUACUCACGUGGAGAGAAGCAUAAUAUCUUCUACCCACAGGCCUUGCCAGACAGUCAUCUAACUGAAGAAACUCUGAAGAUUUCAGCUGUUCCUGUAUCUACUGACCAGAGGACUGAGAAAACAAUAGUACCUUCUACUUCAUAUUCACGAAGAGAGAAGCACAUUAUUUUCUCCCAGCAGCAGUUGUCAGAUGGUCAUCUAACUAAACAGGUUCUGAAAGUUUCAUUUGUUCCUGGACCAGCUGAUCAAAACACUGGGAUACCUACAUUAUCUUCACAUUCCUACUCACUUGGAGAAAAGCCUGGUAUCUUUUACCAACAGGUCUUGCCAGAUAGUCAUUUAAUUGAACAGACUCAGAAAGUUGCAGCUCUUCCUGGACCAGCUGAUCAGAAGAGUAGGAUACCUGCAGUAUCCUCUACUUCUUACUCACAUAGAGAGAGGCCCCAUAUUUUCUAUCAACAGACAUUGCCAGAAAGUCAUCUAACUGAACAGGCUCUAAAAUUUUCUGCUCCUGAAUCCACUGAGCAGAAGACUGGGAUACCAACGGUAACCUCUACUUCCUCCUCACAUAGAGAGAAGUCCAGUAUUUUCUACGAAGAGGAGUUGCUGGAUAGUCAUCUAACUGAACAGGCUCAGAAAGUUCCAGCUGUUCCUGGACCAGCUGACCAGGAUACUGGGAUACCAAUAGUGCCCUCUAGGCCCUACUCUCGUGGAGAGAAGCCCAGUAUUUUCUGUCAGCAGGUCUCACCAGACAGUCAUCUAUCUGAAGAGACUCUGAUUUCAGUUGCUUCUGGACCAGCUGAAAAAAAGAGUGGGUUACUAUCAGAAGCUUCUAAUUUCUGCUCACGUAGAGAGAAGCACAAUAUUUUCUACCAAGAGGAGUUGCAAGACAGUUCUCUAACUGAACAGGCUCAGAAAGUUUCACCUGUUCCUGAACCUACUGACCAGAAGACCAAAAUAUCAACAGUAACUUCUACUUCUUACUCAGAUACAGAAAAGCCCUUUAUUUUCUACCCACAGGGCUUGCCAGACAGACAUCUACCUGAAGACGCUCUAAAAGUUACAGCUGUUUCUGAACCAGCUGACCAGAAGACUGGAAUACCAGUAGUUCCCUCUACUUCCUCCUCACAUAGAGAGAAACCCAUUAUUUUCUACCCACAGGACUUGACAGACACUCAUGUCACUGAAGAGGCUCUGAAGGCUUCAGCCAUAUCUGGAUCAGCUGACUGGAAGACUGGAAUAUCAACAGUAUCCUCUACUUCCUACUCACCUAGAGAGAAGCCCAUUAUUUUUUCCCCUCAGGCCUUGCCAGGCAGUCAUUUACUUGAAGAGGUUCUGAAAGUUUCAGCUGACCAGAAGACUGGGUUGCUAUCAGAACCUUCUAGUUCCUACUCACAUAGAGAGAAGCCCAUUACUUUCUACCCAGAGGGUUUGACAGACGGCCAGUUACCUCAGGAGGCUCUGAAAAUUCCAGCUGUUUCUGGACCAACUGACCAGAAGACUGAGUUGCCACCAGAACCUUCUAGUUCCUACUCACCUAGAGAGAAGCCCAUUAUUUUUCCCCCUCAGGCCUUGCCAGGUAAUCAUUUACUUGAAGAAGCUCUGAAAAUUUCAGCUAUUCCUGGAUCAGCUGACCAGAAGACUGGGUUGCCAUCAGAACCUUCUAGUUCCUACUCACAUAGAGAGAAGCCCAUUAUUUUCAACCCAGAGGAUUUGACAGACGGCCAGGUACCUCAGGAGGCUCUGAAAGUUUCAACUGUUUCUGGACUAACUGACCAGAAGACUGAGUUGCCACCAGAACCUUCUAGUUCCUACUCACCUAGAGAGAAGCCCAUUAUUUUUCCCCCUCAGGCCUUGCCAGGUAAUCAUUUACUUGAAGAAGCUCUGAAAAUUUCAGCUAUUCCUGGAUCAGCUGACCAGAAGACUGGGUUGCCAUCAGAACCUUCUAGUUCCUACUCAUAUAGAGAGAAGCCCGUUAUAUUCUACCCAGAGGGUUUGACAGAUGGCCAGGUACCUCAGGAGUCUCUGAAAGUUUCAGUGAUUCCUGGACCAACUGACCAGAAGAUUGGGUUGCCAUCAGAACCUUCUAGUUCCUACUCAUAUAGGGAGAAGCCCAUUGUUUUCUACCCAGAGGGCUUGACAGACAGCCAGGUACCUCAGGAGGCUCUGAAAGUUUCAGCUAUUCCUGGACCAACUGACCAGAAGACUGGGUUGCCAUCAGAACCUUCCAGUUCUUACUCAUAUAGGGAGAAACCCAUUACUUUCUACCCUCAGGGCUUGACAGACAGUCAGAUAUCUCAGGAGGCUCUGAAAGUUUCAGCGAUUCCUGGACCAGCUGACCAGAAGACUGGGUUGCCAUCAGAACCUUCUAGUUCCUACUCACAUAGAGAGAAGCCCAUUAUUUUCUACCCACAGGGCUUGACAGACGGCCAGGUGCCUCAGGAGGCUCUGAAAGUUUCAGCUGUUCCUGGACCAGCUGACCAGAAGACUGGAUUGCCAUCAGAACUUUCCAGUUCCCACUCAUAUAGAGAGAAGCCCAUUAUUUUCUAUUCACAGGGCUUGACAGACAGUCGGGUGCCUCAGGAGGCUCUGAAAGUUUCAGCUAUUCCUGGACCAGCUGACCAAAAGACUGGGUUGCCAUCAGAACCUUCUAGUUCCUACUCCUAUAGGGAGAAGCCCCUUAUUUUCUACCCUCAGGGUUUAACGGACAGUCAGGUACCUCAGGAGGCUCUGAAAGUUUCAGCUCUUCCUGGACCAGCUGCCCAGAAGACUGGAUUGCCGUUAGAACCUUCCAGUUCUUACUCAUAUAGAGAGAAGCCCAUUAUUUUCUACUCACAGGGCUUGACAGACAGUCGGGUGCCUCAGGAGGCUCUGAAAGUUUCAGCUAUUCCUGGACCAGCUGACCAGAAGACUGGGUUGCCAUCAGAACCUAGUUCCUACUCACCUAGAGAGAAGCCCAUCAUUUUCUACCCACAGGGCUUGACAGAUGACCACGUACCUCAGGAGGCUCUGAAAGUUUCAGCUAUUCCUGGACCAAUUGACCAGAAGAUUGGGUUGCCAUCAGAACCUUCUAGUUCUUACUCACACAGAGAGAAGUCUAACAUUUUUUACCAACAGGAGUUAUCAGGCAGUCAUCUAACUGAAGAGACUCUGAAAGUUUCAGCUGUUUCUACAACAGGUGAUCAGAAGACUGGGAUACCUUCAAGUUCCUACUCACUUGGAGGGAAGCCCAUUAUUUUCUGUCAGCAGGCCUUAUCAGAUAAGCAUCUCACUGAAGAGUCUCUGAAUGUUUCAGCUUCUCCUGAACCAGCUGACCAGGAGACUGGGAUACCAACAGUACCUUCUGUUUCUUACUCUCAUAGAGAGAGGCCCAGUAUUUUGUACCAACAGCCCUUGUCAGACAACCAGCUCCCUAUAGAAGCUCUGAAAAUUUCAGCUGUUUCUGGGCCAGGUGAUCAGAAGACCAGAAAACCAACAAUUACCUCAGCUUCUUACUCACAUAGAGAGAAGCCCAUCAUUUAUCAGCAAGAGUUGCCAGAUCUUACUCAAGCAGCUUUAAGUGUUUUCAGGGUUCCUGGACUAGGUGACCAGAAGACUGGAAUACCAGUAGUAACCUCUACUCCUUACUCACAUAGAGAGAAGCCCAUCAUUUCUUACCAGCAGGAGUUGCCAGAGCAUAAUGAAGGUGCUUUAAAAGUUUUAGGGGCUCCUGGGUCAGCUGACCAGAAGACUGGGAUACAAUUUGGGUCCUCUGCUUCCUAUUCACAUAGAGAGAGCCCCAUCUUUUCUUAUCAGAGGGAGUUGCCAGAUAUUACUGAAGAAACUCUGAAAGUUUCAGCUGUUUCUGGACCAGCUGACCAGAAGACUGGGAUACAUAUAAUUCCCUCUAGUUCCUACUCAUACAGAGAGAAGGACAGUAUUUUUUACCAGCAGGAGUUGCCAGAUGUUACUGAAGGAGCUUUAAAAAUUUUUGCUCUUCCUGGACCUGCUGAUCAGAAGACUGAGAUACCAACAGGAUCUUCUAGCUCUUACUCACAUAAAGAGAAACUCAAGACUUCACCUGUAAUUUUACCAGAUGACCAGAAGACUGAGUUACUAACAACUCCCCUUAGUUCCUACUCACAAAGAGAAAAGCCCAAAAUUUCAACUGUGAUUGGACCAGAUAACCAGACGACUUCGUUACUGACAGUUCUUCAUAACUCCUAUUCUCAGAGAGUGAAGCCCUUUCAACAGGAGCUGCCAGAUAGACAUCAUAGUGAGGAUAUUUUGAAAAUUUCACCUGUCUCUGAACCAACUGAUGUGAACUCUGGGAUACCGAUACCUCUUUCUAGUUCCUAUUCCCACAGAGAGAAAUCUAAUAUUUUCUACCCACAGGAAUUGCCAGACAAACAUCUAGCUGAAGAUGCACUGAAGGUUUCAACAAUUCCUAUACCAGCUGACCAGAAAAGUCUGUUACCAACAGUUCCUCCUAGUUCCUUUUCACACAGAGAGAAACCAAAUAUAUUCUAUCAACAGAAUUUUCCAGAUAGACAUAAAACGCAAGAUGCUCUGAUGUUCUCAAGGGGUGUUGGGCAAGUUGAUCAGAUUACUGGGUUAUCAACAGUUACCCCUGGUACUUAUUCACAUAGGGAGAAGCAGAAACUUGUUUCAGACCAUGUUCAAAUGCUAAUAGAUAAUUUGGAUUCUUCUAACUCCAGUGUUAUCUCAAACAGUGUACCUUUAAGUUCUCAGGCUGAUGGUAGAGUUGUAAUAAGUAAGCCAGAAUCUUCAGGUUUUGAAGAUGUUGGGUCUGAGGAAAAUCAAGAUACAAGCAGUGGUUCCAAAACUCUUAAAGAGAUUCGGACCCUUUUAAUGGAGGCAGAAAAUAUAGCACUGAAACGAUGCAAUUUUCCUGCUCCCCUGGUCCCUUUCAGAGAUGUUAGUGAUAUUUCAUUUAUACAAUCUAAGAAGGUGGUUUGCUUCAAAGAACCCCUCACAGCUGAUGAAUCUAAUGGUGAUUUGCCCCAAAGACAGCCAUUUACAGAGGAAAGCCCAAGCGACAGGUGCAUACAGAAGGAUAUUAGCACACAGACAAAUCUGAAAUGCCAGAGAGGCAUUGAGAAUUGGGAGUUUAUUAGUUCAACUACAGUUAGAAGUCCUCUACAGGAAGCAGAAAGCAAAGCCAGAGUGACAGUAGACGAAACCCUUCGGCAAUAUAGAGCAGACAAAUCUGUAAUGAGACCUGAACCUGAAGGGUAUAGUGGAACCAUUGGGAAUAAAAUUGUUAUACCUAUGAUGACUAUCAUUAAAAGUGAUUCAAGUAGUGAUGCCAGUUCCUGCUCAUGGGACAGUAAUUCAUUGGAGUCAGUUUCUGAUGUUCUUCUAAACUUCAUUCCAUAUGCUUCACCCAAGACAAGCUUGACAGAUAGUAGAGAAGAAGAAGGUGUGUUGGAGAGUGAUGAUGCUGGUGGUAGCAGUGUAGAUUCACUGGCCACACAUGUCAGAAACCUUCUGAAAUGUGAAUCCUCACUGAAUCAUGCUAAACAAAUACUCAGAAAUGCAGAGGAAGAGGAAUGUCGAGUACGAGCACGAGCCUGGAAUCUGAAAUUUAAUCUGGCUCAUGAAUGUGGCUACUCCAUUUCAGAAUUAAAUGAAGAUGACAGGAGAAAAGUAGAAGAGAUCAAAGCAAAGUUGUUUGGUCAUGAGAGAACAGGUGACUUGUCCAAGGGUUUACGGAGUCCACGGGGAAUAGGAUACAAGCCAGAAGCUGUAUGUAGUCACAUUAUUAUUGAGAGCCAUGAAAAAGGAUGUUUCAGGACCCUAACUGCUGAACAACCACAAUUGGAUAGUCACCCUUGUGUUUUCAGAUCUGCUGACCCCUCAGAAAUGAUCAGAGGACAACGGAGUCCAUCAUCAUGGAGAACCAGACACAUCGACCUUUCCAAAUCUCUAGACCAGAGUAACCCCCAUUUCAAAGUUUGGAAUUCCUUACAGUUACGAAGUCAUUCCCCAUUUCAAAACUUUACAACUGAUGACUUCAGAAUUAGCCAGGGUCUUCGAAUGCCAUUCCAUGAAAAGAUAGACCCUUGGCUGUCAGAAUUAGUAGAACCUGCUUGUGUGCCACCUGAAGAAAUGGAUUGUCAUUCUUCAUCACAAAUGCUGCCCCCAGAAUCCAUGAAAAAGUUUACUACUUCCAUCACUUUUUCAUCUCACCGACAUUCUAAAUGCUUUUCAGAUUCCUCUGUUCUUAAGGUUGGUGUUACUGAAGGUAGCCAGUGUACUGGAGCAUCUGUGGGGGUAUUUAAUUCUCAUUUCACUGAAGAGCAAAAUCCUCCCAGAGAUCUAGAACAGAGAACCUCUUCCCCUUCAUCAUUUAAAAUUGUUAGUCAUUCACCAGAUAAAGCUGUGACUAUUUUAGCAGAAAGUAGUAGGCAAAGCCAAAAAUUAUCUGUUGAACAUUCUCAGCAAGAAGAAAAACUCUUAGAAAGAUCAGAUUUUAAAGGCAGUGAUUCUGAGCCCAGUACCAGUGCAAAGUGUAGCAAUGUCAAGGAAGUUCAUUUUUCUGAUAACCAUACCUUCAUUAGCAUGAGCAGACCAAGUUCCACACUAGGAGUAAAAGAGAAGAAUGUAACUAUAACUCCAGAUCUUGCUUCGCACAUUAUUCUUGAACAACGAGAGCUCUUUGAACCAAGCAAAGCCUCACAUGCAGAUCACCAUGUGAGAAAAUACCAUUCUCCCCCUCCUCAACAUCAGGAUUAUGUAGCUCCAAACCUUCCUUGUCACAUUUUUCUUGAAAAACGAGAACUCUUUGAACAAAGCAAAGCCCCACAUUUAGAUCAUCAGAUGAGAGAAAACCACUCUCCCUUUCCUCAAGGUCAGGAUUAUAUAGCUUCAGACCUUCCUUCUUCCAUUUUUCUUGAACAACGUCAGCUCUUUGAACAAAGCAAAGCCCCAGAUGUAGAUCACAUGGGAAAAUACCAUUCCCCUCUUCCUCCAGGUCAGGAUUAUGUAGUAGAAAAGAAUAACCAACAUAAGUUUAAAUCAUACAUUUCCAAUAUGAUAAAUGUUGAAGCCAAGUUCGAUAACGUGGUCUCCCACUCAGCCCCAAAUCAGUGUACAUUAGUAACAUCUGCAUCUACUCCACCCUCAAAUAGAAAAGCACUUUCCUGUGUUCAUAUAACUCUUUAUCCCAAGACUCCUUCCAAGGUGGAUAGUGGAACCUUAGAUAAAAGAUUUCACUCACUGGAUCCUGCUUCUAAAACAAGGAUGAAUAGUGAGUUUAACUCUGACCUACAGACUCUAUCUUCAAGAUCAUUGGAACCAACCUCCAAAUUAUUGACCGGUAAACCUGUAGCACAGAAUCAAGAAUCUUUAGGUUUUCUAGGACCUAAAUCUUCACCGGACUUCCAAGUUGUACAGUCUCCUCUUCCAGAUAGUAAUACUAUUUCUCAGGACUUGAAAAACAUACUUUUUCAGAAUAGCCAGAUAGUAACCUCAAGGCAAACACAAGUGAACAUUUCAGAUUUGGAAGGAUAUUCCAGUCCAGAAGGGACUCCGGUAUCUGCAGAUCGACCAUCAGAGGUGAUUAAGACCCCAUUUUCUGCCUUCCCUGGAAAAUCGUCAUCUGAUGCAGUCACUCAGAUAACAACAGAAAGUCCAGGAAAAACCAUGUUUUCAUCUGAGAUUUUUAUUAAUGAUGAUGAUCGUGGACUUGAAAUUCCAGAGCCCAGUGCCCAGAAGCUGGGCAAAGUUCCUACCACAUUUGCUUCAUCAUCUUCAGUUCAACAGAUUACUCAUCCUCAUGGCACAGAUGCCCAACCUUCAUUGUUGCCAUAUAAGCCUCCUGGUAGUACGAAGAUGUACUAUGUUCCACAAUUAAAACAAAUUCCUUCAUCUCUGGAUUCCAGAUCAGAUACCACCAUUGAGAGCUCACACUCAGGAUCCAAUGAUGCCAUUGCUCCAGACUUCCCGGCGGAGGUGCUAGGCACGAGGGAUGAUGACCUACCAGUCACUGAUAACAUUAAACAUAAAGAGGGGAUCUACAGUAAGAGGGUGGUGGCUAAGCCAACCUUGCCAAUGGGGGGAAAACCCCCUCAGAAAGAUAAUGCAGAUGCCCAAGUUCAAGUUUCCAUCAUUGGGGAUGAAGACGUCUCAGAUAAAAACCAGAAAAAGGAGAUCUACAAUAAAAAGGCAGUGACUAAGGCUGCCCAACCUGAAGAAAAAGAAUCCUUGCAGAAAACCACUGAAGGUUCCAGUGGUGCUGCUGAUGCAGAGCACUCAGCUCGACUACAAGACCUAAAGACUGAAAGUCUACCAGACACUAAAGCCAUUAAACAGAAAGAGGAGAUCCAUAGUAAGAGGACAGUUCCUAAGGAAUCCUGGACAAAAGAAAAAGAAUCCUUGCAGAUAGAUAUUGCAGAGUCCAGAUGUCAUUCAGAAUUUGAAAAUACUACCCAUUCUGUCUUCAGGUCAGCCAAGUUUUACUUUCAUCAUCCAGUGCACCUACCAAGUGAUCAAGAUUUUUGCCAUGAAUCCUUAGGGAGGAGUGUAUUCAUGAGACAUUCUUGGAAAGAUGUCUUUCAGCAUCAUCCAGACAAACAAAGAGAACACACUCGUCUUCCUUCCCCUCAUCAAAACGUGGAAAAGCCAAAGGCAGAUUAUACCAGAAUAGAGAGCCUCAGUAUCAAUGUAAACUUGGAAAAUGAAGUGAUGCAUACUGCUAAAAGUCGGGCUAGAGAUUAUCCAAAAAGUGACAAACAAAUUAAUGAUAAAAAAAAGGAUCAUAAGGUCACCCCAGAGCCAACAGCUCAGCACACUGUGAGUUUGAAUGAACUCUGGAACAAGUAUCAGGAACGACGGAGGCAACAGAAACCUCCUGAGUUCAGUGACAGGAAAGAACUAUCCUUGGUGGAACGACUCGAUCGUUUGGCUAAACUUCUUCAGAAUCCCAUCACAUACUCUCUCCGGACCUCUGAAAGCACACAGGAUGACAGCAGAGGGGAACGAAAUGUUAAGGAAUGGAGUGGUAGACCGCAACAGCAGAAAAACAAGCUUCAGAAAAAGAAGCGGUAUAAGAGCCUAGAGAAAUUCCAUAAAACUGCAGGAGAGCUUAAAAAAAGCAAGGUGCUUUCUACUCAUCAAGCUGGGAAACCCAAUCAGAUUAAAAUUGAACAGAUUAAAUUUGAUAAGUACAUCCUGAGAAAACAGCCAGGUUUUCAUUAUAAAAACAACACUUCUUCAGAUUCUAGACCCUCAGAGGAGAGUGAGCUGCUCACAGACACCCCCACCAACAUCGUUUCCACCACCACUUCUGUGGAAUCAGAUAUAUUGACCCAAACAGAUAGAGAGGUGGCUUUGCAUGAGAGGAGCAGCUCUAUUUCUACCAUUGACACAGCCCGACUGAUCCAGGCUUUUGGCCAGGAAAGAGUUUGUCUGUCACCCAGGCGAAUUAAAUUAUACAGCAGCCUCACCAACCAUCAGAGGAGAUACUUUGAGAGGCGGAACAAGAAGAACAAGAAAGCAUUGAAUACGGGUCAUCCCCAAAUGACUUCUGAGCACACCAGAAGGAAACACAUCCAGGUGGCAAACCAUGUGAUUUCUUCUGAUUCUGUUUCAUCUUCUACCAGUAGUUUCUGUAGCUCAAGCUCUACCCUUGGCAACAAGCAAAAUGUACAAAUGUUAAACAAGAGCAUACAAGCAGGUAACUUGGAGAUUGUGAACGGUGUCAGAAAACACACUCGAGAUGUUGGGAUGACUUUCCCAACUCCAAGUUCUAGCGAGGCUAGAAUAGAAGAGGACAGUGAUGUGACUUCUUGGUCAGAAGAAAAGAUAGAAGAGAAAAGACUUCUCGCCAGCUAUCUUGGGGAUAAAAAGUUAAGGAAGAACAGGCACAGUUGCUGUGAAGGGGUUUCAUGGUUUGUUCCCGUGGAAAAUGUAAAGUCUGGUCCUAAGGAAAACCUGCCCAAGCAUCCUGGCCCUGGUAUCUGCUGGUUUGCACCAAUAACCAACACCAAACCGUGGAGGGAACCGCUGCGGGAACAGAACCGGCAGGGACAGCACGAGGACAACCGCGGGUCACUAGCAAGCCCAGGGAGAGGCCCACUGAAGCCGUUUGUGAGAGCAACCCUACAGGAAUCCCUUCAGUUUCACAGACCUGACUUCAUCUCCCGCUCUGGGGAGCGAAUAAAGCGUCUGAAGCUAAUAGUCCAGGAGAGGAAGCUGCAGAACAUUUUGCAGAGUGAGCGGGAGGCCCUGUUCAACACUGCGGGAGAGCAGCAGGGCUCCCGGGACCCCACGCGCCCGCUCCUGAAGAGAGGCUUCCUGGAUGCCCGGAAGAACAGGCCUGUUGGGAAGAAGGAAAUGAUUCAGAGGUCUAAGCGGAUUUAUGAGCAGCUUCCAGAAGUUCAGAGAAAGAGAGACGAGGAGAAGAGGAGACUGGAAUAUAAGUCAUACCGGCUGCGAGCUCAGCUAUUCAAGAAGAGGACUCUGAAAGGCAGAAUCCAAAAGACGAGUUUAUACCAGACCGAUGUGGGAUUGGAGAGCUGCUUCUGGAGCGCACCUGGAGCUGGGCUGGGCCGGGCCCUUCGAGGAGGGGGUCCCCAGGCGCCACAUGGCCUGUCCAGUGGAAAGUGACCAAUCAGCUCUUGGGGAGAAAAGUUCCCUGGAACUGAUAUAAGAUUAUUUUCCUCACCGUCUUGGAAUUAUAUUUUAUCAACCUGAAGAAGCACAAUCCUUACUUUUAUGAGUCUGGUUUAAUAAAACUUAAUUCUUUGUCUACGUUUAAUUUAGAAAUAGUAAGUCAGUAGUCUGAGGCAGAGUGGUGAUUAGGAUUAUUAAUGGUUUGGGAGCAAAUACUUUCUCCACAGCGGCCUUGCCCACAGGAAUGUUUGUCACAAUGAUAUCAUUUCUGAAGUCUAGCCAUGAGUGAGUCCCUUUCUGUAUGUGUUUUUAUACUUUUAGAAAAUAAAUAACUUCUGAUUGAUUCAUAGUAAAGCAAGCAGCAGAGGGUCAUUUCUUUACCAUCUGGAGAUGUUCAGGGACCUAUGCAAUGUCUCUCCCGAGGUGUAUGGGGAGCCUCAAUCUAAAAGCAUCAGUCAAGGGAAAUGGGCUGUGGGAAUGAAAUAUGGCCUUUUUUUUUUUUUUUAAGAUUUUAUUUAUUUGUCAGAGAGAGAGAGUGCGCGCGCACAAGCAGGGAGAGAGGCAAAGGGAGAGGGAGAAGCAGGCUCCCCGCUGAACAAGGAGCCUGAUAUGGGACUCAUUCCCAGGGUCCUGGGAUCAUGACCUGAGCCAAAAGCAGACGUUUAAUUGACUGAGCCACCCAGGCGUCCCAAAAUACGGCCUUUCUUUACAAACACAGCAGGACAUGACAAUAGCUCUGCCUUGGGCUUUGUGGAGAUGGGGUCUGGUUAGAGUUGCUGUUGGGCAUGCCCAGUCACUCCCAGCAGACCAGGCACCUUGGGUUGAGAGCCUCCUCUUAGCCUCAUUCCAGCUUGCCAGAGGCCUCUAGCCUUUGGUGGAUUUUCCUCCGGCUACCCUCCCUUCAGGAUUGAAGCCUCAGAGCAUUUAUCAUCACACAUGGAACCAACAUUUAUAACCCGGAUAACCACUUCUGAAAAGCAUGAAUUAAUAAACUUAAUAAUGUACGUAAAGCAUGUAAUUAAUCCUGUAGCCUGGAAUGACAGCUAAAGCCCAGAGUUGAGGGGGGGAAGGUGCUAAUCGGCCUCAUUCAAAAUUCAGGGAAGCCCCAGCAAGAUAGUAAGGGACCAGCUGCCUCCCCAGCAGACUUCCGCAGAGGCCAAGUUAAACAGCAGACCCUGCCUCCAAGCACAGCUCAGAGGGCGCCACCAAGGCUCCCUUCCUAACCCAGAAGGAGGCUAUGAAGAAGGCUCAGACACUGACUGAGCCAGCCAGGCACCUCUGCCUGAUCCCUUUGUUUUGCCAGGCCUAACACAAUGUGUAGCAUGUGUUUGACUCAAUAAGGGUUUGUUGGAUGACACACAGAGGGUCAUCAGUCCAGAUUGGAGGCCAGAGGCUCUGGGAAAGACUUCAGGGAGAUCUAAUUGGUAGGUUCCCUGAGGCACCUUAAUGUCAUGGGGAUCUAUUUAAACAUCUGAUCAAGUUUGGAGCUGAAUAAGUGACAGCUAUAUGGAAAAAAAAAAAAAAACUAAACAACAACCCCAAAAAAGAUAAUUCCAAGGAAAAGGAAACAAAAAUCUACAUAAAAGAAUAAGCAAUCAUAGUUUUACUAUGUAGCUUAGCUUAAAAUAAACACAGAAUAUUGAUGUUCCCCGACCAGUGGUCUAAUCUCUUUGGGAAGCUGGGGAGUGGGAAGGAUGCACAUGCGUGAUGUAGACAUGGCCUCGACUCCCAAAAAGUAGUCCACAGACAAGCUUAAAACUGAGGAUUAGGAAGAAGCCACACAAGUCCCUUAAAGACAUGGAAAUAAAUGAGACCUGAAACCAUAAAAAUCCUAGAAGAGAGCACAGGCAAUAAUUUGACGUCAGCCAUAGAAGCAUUUUUCUAGAUAGGUCUGAGGCAAAAGAAAUAAAAGCAAAAGUAAACUAUUGGGACUACAUCAAAAUUAAAAGCUGCACAACAAAGGAAACAACAAAACACCCUACUGAUGGGAGAAGGUAUUUGCAAAUGACAUCCCAUAAGGGGUUUUACAACUCAAUAAAACACACACACACACACACAAAUACAAUUAAAAAUCGGCAGAAGACAUGAACAGGCAUUUCUCCAAAGACAUCCAGAUGGCCAACAGAUGACAUGAAAAGAUGCUCAACAUCAGUCAUCAUCAGGAAAAUGCAAAUCAAAACCACAAUGAGAUAUCACCUCACACUUGUCAGAAUGGCUAAAAUCAAAAACAAAGGAAACAAGUGUUUGCAAGGAUGUGGAGAAAAAAGGACCCUCUUGCACUGUUGGUGGGAAUGCAACCUGGUACAGCCACUCUGGAAAACAGUAUGGAGGUUCCACAAAAAAUUAAAAAUAGAAUUACCAUGUGAUCCAGUAAUUCUACUAGUAGAUAUUUACCCAGAGAAUAUGAAAACACUUAUUCGAAAAGAUAAAUGCACCCCUAUGUUUAUUGCAGCGUUAUUUACAGUAGACAAGAUAUGGAAGCAACCCAAAUGUCCCAUCAAUAGACGAAUGGAUAAAGACAAGGUGGUACAUACACACACACACACACACACACACACACACACACACACACUGGAAUAUUACUCAGCCAUAAAAAAGAAUCAAAUCUGGUCACUUGCAACGACACGGAUGGAUCUGAAGGGUAUAAUGCUAAGCUGAAUAAGUCAGAAAAAGACAAAUACCAUAUGAUUUCACUCAUAUGUGGAAUUUAACAAAAAAGACAAACCAAGAACCUGUCUCUUAACUAUAGAGAACAAAUUUAGGGUUACCAGAAGGGAGGUGGGUUGGGGGAUGGGUUAAGAAGGUGAUGGAGAUUAAGGAGUGCACUUAUGAUGAGCACUGGGUAAGGUAUGGAAGUGCUGAAUCACUAUAUUAUACACCUGAAACUAAUAACACUGUAUGCUAAUUACACUGGAAUUUUUUUAAAAGUGUGUUAAAGAUACGGAAGUUGAGUGUGCACAGGGAAGUGUAGAGCUGCUCUCACAGCACAAAUCUAUAGAACUCUGACUCUUGAAAAUAGUUGGGCACAUACAUAAUCUUGAGAAAAAUAAAAACAAAACUAAAGACUUAAAUGUGAAGGGCAAAACAAAAAAUUUAGAAGUAAAUACAGGAAAGUGUCUCUAAAGAAAAAAUGCCUUAAGGAACAAAGCACAAACCAUAAAGAAAAAGGUUGAUAAAUUCAAUUAAUGAAAUGUAAAAAUUCUAUAUUAAAAGACACCAUAGGGGCGCGUGGGUGUCUCAGUUAAGCAUCCACCUCUUCAUUUCAGCUCAGGUCACGAUCUCAGUUUUGUUAGAUUGAGCCCUGUGUCAGGCUCCACUCUGGGCUUGGAGCCUGCUUAAGAUUCUCCCUCUCCCUCUGCCCUUCCCCACCCCCAUAAAUGAAUGAAUGAAUGAAUGAAUAAUUAAAAAUAGUAAAUAAAGAUAGAAAAUACAGGGCACAAAACAGAAGAUAAUUAUAGCACAUGUAACCAACAAAGGAUUUGUAUCCAAAAUAUAUCAUGAACUCCUAUGAGUCAUUUGUUUUUAAAGAUAAUCUAUAGAAAGAUGGACUAAAUAAAAACAUGAGCAGGCAGUUUCACAGAAGAACAAAUACAACUGGCCUGUACAAAUAUGAUAAAUUGCUUUAACUUUAUUAUUAAUUGGAAAUGCACAUUAUUAGCAGAAUACUCCAUGCAGGGGC